UGUCUAUAAACAAACUGAUCGAAUCCGAUCAACAAGGCUGGAUUUUUGGCAACGAAUAGCCUCCAUAUGGAUAAGAAAAAAAUACACACACCUAUCAUCUUGCAGAAAACGUUCAAAUGCCCGGGUAAAGUACCUGGCCAGCUCAUACCUAACAUGACGUGCAGUUAGUACAUAUACGAUUUAGAUUCACCGUUUAAAUAGCGGAUUAUGAAUUUGUCAAAAGUUAUGCUAGCAUUUUGUUUUGUUUGGAUGUUGUGUGGGUCCAUGACAGUCGAAGCCUGCGAGUUUUGAACUUUGAAAAAUUGAAAGAGGGAGUACAAAUUGGAAAUUUUACAAAUCACCCUUGGAAGUGUUUGUUUACCGUCAUAAAUAUAUGACGAAAAUUCGUACAAUUAAAAAAUGUUUCAGUCACCUGAAUAUUGUAAAAUUCUGUCACUGAAAUUAUCUGAGGUAUUAGAGGAUGUUGGUGUUAAUGAGGAAAUGGUGAUGAAAAGAAGAAGAAUAUUUAUGCUGAGGGAGAGUUUCCGAACGAUUUCAUGCAGAUCAACUGGUGAAAACAAAACUGAUUAUUAUCUUGGGAGUCAGUCUGAAGGUACCACUACUAUAGGACUUGAUUCAGAUAUUGAUAUGGUAAUGGUAGAUUAUGAUUAUAAUGUGAUACAAGACUGGGCAGAGUGGAAACAUAAUAAGACCAAGCUUAUUAUGAUACAGGAUGGGAAUGUUACACCAGGAUAUUGUUUUCUACAACGACUUCGAUCUGAUGAACCUCUUUUUGAGACAAACAUUCCUGAUGAAAAUUACAUAAGAGACAGCAUUGGGAGAAUAUUAUUAAGAAAUACAUUAGUAACACCUUUAAUUGAAGAAAAUGUUGAGAGACACGGGCCAUCAAAUGCUUUCUCCGGAGAUUAUGGAUACUCCGACAAUGACAUUGUAAUUGCUUUCCCUUGUGAUUCAAAGCUUCAAUCAGUAUCACUAUUUCCAGAAAGACCAGGUGUUAUGAGGUGGUUAUCAUCUGAAUGUGUCAGAUAUGCAGCUAGCUGUGUUUGUUUUGUUGUGGGUACAAGUAGCAAGAUUGCUACUUAUCCAGAAUUAGAGUGGAGAAUAUCUACUUCUCUACCACAGAGAUGUUUGAUGUUUAAUCUAAAUAUUACGCAAUUAAAAUGCUAUGUUUGAAUGAAAAUAAUUUUGAAAUCCUUUUUGAAAGCACAAAAUGUGAGUGUUAUUUCAAGUUUUAUGU